AUGCACGCCUUGCUCUACGCCGCAGGCACCCUCGCGCCUCGCACGCCUCUCUCCAGCACGAACCUACCCUGCGUCGGCCUCGCCGCGACGCCGAGCAGCGAGCUCCUCGUGGUCGGCACGGCGCACACGCCUUGCCAAUCCGCCGCCGAGGUCGAGGCCGUCAUCACCGCGGCGAGGCCCGACGUCGUCGUGCUCGAGCUCGACCCGGAGCGCCUCGAGCGGCUCCUCCUGUCCACGCCUGGCACCGCCGAGCGGCGCUACGGCGCCGACUUCGCCGCGGCCGCCAAGGCCGCGAGAGACAUUGGCGUGCCGAUGGCGCGGGUGUGGGACGUGCUGCUCCUGCGGCGUGAUGAGGCUCUCUCAGCCUCCACCCUCCGUGGCCUCGAGCUCGCGCGCGGGCUGCGGAGCGGGAGGCUGCUGCGCCGCUCGUACACCUUUGCGACGGACCCCGCCGCCCUCGCCCGCGCGCCUCCGCACCCGCGCGGCACGAUCCCAUUCUUCACGCUCAAGAGGCGAGAGGCAGCGGAGAUGCGGCCGAGAUGCGGCAGCGACGGAGAGCCCUUCCUCUCGCCUCUAUCGGCAGUCUGCCCAAACUCCAUCUGCCCCAACUCCUCGCGCCUCUCCCUCUUUGAGCCGCGCUGGCUCGCUCUCCUCGACGCGCUCGCCGCUGCGAAUGCGCCGGCCGAGACGCCCGCCCCCAACGCGGCGCUGAUCAACGUGAGCUUCGGCUGCGUCUUCGCCCUCAACCGCGUUUGGAUCCGCGGCGAGGAGCCGCUGGUGGUGGACGCGGGGUCGCUCGCGCCCGCGGCGGGAGGCUACCUCGCCGGGCGAGUGGCGGAGGGGAGCGAGGCGGACCUCGACUUCGCGCGGCUGGACCUGCCCGGCCGGGAGGAGCUCUCGGAGGGAGGCGAGCCGGCGGGUGAGGGGCCGGUGCGCGUCGUCUCCGUCGUGGGGCUCGCGCACGCGAAUGGGGUGCUCGCGCGGUGCGCGACGAUGGGGCUGCGCGACGCGGACGCGCUGGCGAGAGCGGCCGGCGCGGCGGCCGAGCUGGAGUGGGCGGAGUCGUAG